AUGAGGGCAUCGCACAUCGUCCACUACCUGUAUCUAAACGGCACAACUGUGAAAGAGGAGAUUAUUGGAGUAGGUGCUGCAAGCAUUGUCGUCAACCGAGGAGGAUACGCCUUUAAGAUCCCUCGCAUACCGAUGCUGCUCGAGAUUGAUGAACAGCCUGUUCGUGAGAAGCUAUCGAAUCCCGAUGACGAUGAAUGGAAUGAGGUCGCCGUUGCCAUCACGUCUUUGCAGCACGAAAAAGCCAUCUAUAAACGGUUAGGCGACCAUCCCGGGAUCAUCCGCUGUUACAAUGUCGACUCCGAAGAACCCUCAAUCCAGAUGCCGUUGAUGAAUGGCAACCUGUGGCAGCAUCUACUUGAGGUCCGACCAGAAAGGUCUCGCCAGCUUUCCUGGUUGCUUCAGCUGGCGCAUACCAUGGCGUUCGUACAUAGUCGACGUGUUAUCAUCUGCGACUUACGGCUGGACAACAUCGUGUAUGACGACGAUAUGAAUAUCAAGCUGGUUGACUUCUCUGACUCUUCCCGGAUGGAUUCUCAAUGGGAUCUCAAAGGCUGCGACAAAUCUGGAUUUUCUAUUCUGAGCGACAUCGGACGGUUUGGGGUGGUAAUGUUUGAGAUUGUCACCGGUCAACAUUGUUCAUUCGACAUCUACGAAGACUGGCACGGAGUGGGCCCUCCGACCACUUGGCCCCGACGGGAAAAACUUCCGUCAACGAGCGAGGUGUGGAUGGGUUCUAUCAUCGAGAAAUGCUGGACCAUGGGGUUUGCGUCGGCCCAGGAUCUUGAGGGGGAACUUGAAAAAGAAGUUCCGAACAUCUGA